AGAUCUCAGUUCUUUGAAUAUGAGUCUGUUUCACUGAGCUGUGAGGUUCAGGGGAACUCAACUGGAUGGAGACUGGAGAGGAACACAAUGAAGCCUUCAGAGUCUGGAGUUGAAUCAGUGUCAAAUAAUGGUUCCAACUAUUUAAUUAAUCCACUCAAACCAUUUGACAGUGGAGAGUAUUGGUGUGAGUCAGACACUGGAGAAUACAGCAAUACUGUGAACAUCACAGUACAUGGUGGUCAUGUGAUCCUGGAGAGCCCCCCCCUUCCUGUGACUGAGGGACAUUCUGUGACUCUGAACUGCAGAUACAAGAAAACUCCCUCUGACCUCACAGCUGAUUUCUACAAAGAUGGAUCCCUCAUCAGGACUGAGUCUACAGGAGUGAUGACCAUCCCUGCAGUAUCACAGUCAGAUGAAGGACUUUACAGCUGUAGACACCCUGAACUAGGAAGAUCACCAGAGAGCUGGAUGACUGUGACAGGUGCUACCCCCUCACCCCCCUCUCCCUUUACAGGAACAAAGAUGUAA